AUGACGGUCCUGCAGAGGGGAGGAUACGGGAGGCGGGACCAGAACCUUCCCCGUUUCUCGGCGCUUGCGAGUGUGGGACUAGGGCUGGAGAGAUCACCGGGGAGCAUCGUCACCACUCCUGCACGGAGCCGCGCCUGGCCAAACACAGCACCGUGCACUCGUUGGGAUUGCAAAAAAUUCCUGAGAAAUAUACCUGCUAUUUAUGGCAUGUGGCUGGUAACUGUACUCCUGCUGUAUUCUUUUCAAGAAGUGCACAGUGAGGAUGUUGCAGCGACGCGGCUGUACUUUGUGAACGCCUCCCUGCAGAGAGUGACCUUCUCCAGCUCAGUGGGGGUGUCCCUGCCUUGCCCCGCGGGCGGCGCCCCCCAUGCCGUCCUACGCUGGUACCUGGCCACCGGCGACGACAUCUACGACGUGCCACACAUCCGCCACGUCCACGCCAAUGGCACUCUGCAGCUCUACCCCUUCUCCCCUUCCGCCUUCAACAGCUUCAUCCACGACAAUGACUACUUCUGCACCGCCGAGAACCAGGCAGGCAAGAUCCGCAGCCCCAGCAUCCGUGUCAAAGCUGUGUUCAGGGAGCCCUACACGGUGCGUGUGGCGGACCAGCAAGCCAUGCGGGGUAAUGUGGCUGUGUUCAAGUGCCUCAUCCCCUCUGCUGUGCAGGAGUAUGUCAGCGUGGUCUCCUGGGAGAAGGACACAGUCUCCAUCGUCCCAGGGAACAGGUUUUUCCUGACCUCCUAUGGUGCUUUGUACAUAUCUGACGUUCAGAAGGAGGACGCUCUCUCCACAUACCGCUGUAUCACCAGACACAAGUACAGCGGAGAAACACGGCAGAGCAACGGAGCCCGACUCUCUGUGCCAGACCCCACAGAAUCCAGUCCCACUGUGAUGGACAGUUUCCAGUCGGGAGAGGUACAGGUGGGGCGUAGCGUGGAGCUCCCCUGCAUUGCGUCCGGUUACCCUAAUCCCACUAUCCGCUGGCUUAAAGACGGACGCCCGCUCCCGGCCGACUCACGCUGGACGCGCCGUCUCACCGGACUGACUAUCAGCGACCUCAGGCUGGAAGACAGCGGAAACUACAUCUGUGAGGUCACCAACAGCUUCGGUUCCAAGGAAGUCACCGGUCACCUCAACGUCAUCGAACCGUUGAGAGUGACUCUCUCUCCUAAGAAUCUGAAGACAGGUAUCAGCAGUACAGUUAUUCUGUCCUGUGCUGUUCAGGGUUCUCCUCAUUUUACCGUGUCCUGGUUUCGGAACACAGAACCGGUUCUGCCGGACCAGCAUUUCUCCAUCCAGGGCGCUCAUAAUGAGACCCUCUUCAUAACGGCAGCCCAGAAAAAGCACUCCGGAGCCUACCAGUGCUUUGCCACACGCAAAGGCCAGACCGCACAGGACUUCUCCAUCAUACUGCUAGAGGAUGGUACGCCCCGUAUUGUCUCCUCUUUCAGUGAGCGCGUGGUCGCUCCUGGUGAACCUUUCUCGCUCAUGUGUGCUGCUAAAGGCGCUCCCCCGCCCACCAUCACCUGGACGCUGGACGACGAGGCCGUCGCCAGAGACUCCGCCCACAGGGCCAGUCAGUACACGCUUUCCGACGGAAGCACCGUCUCCCACGUCAACGUCAGCAACCCGCAGAUCCGGGACGGAGGGGUGUAUCGUUGCGUCGCUCGCAACUCGGCAGGGAGCGCUGAGUACCAAGCGCGCAUAAACGUAAGAGGUCCACCCAGUAUCCGUGCCAUGAAGAACAUCACAGCAGUGGCUGGGCGGAACACCUUCAUAAACUGUCGCGUGAUCGGCUAUCCCUACUACUCCAUUAAGUGGUAUAAGGACGGUAUGCUGUUGCCAGACAACCACAGACAGAUGGUGUACGAGAACGGGACGCUCAAACUCAGCGACGUGCAGAAAGGGAUGGACGAAGGGGCGUACCUGUGUAGCGUUCUCAUCCAGCCUCAGCUCUCCAUCAGUCAGACGGUCUACGUCACCGUCAAAGUGCCCCCAUUGAUCCAGCCCUUUGAUUUCCCCCCUACCUCCAUCGGGAAGUUGAUGUAUAUCGCAUGUGUGGUAUCCUCCGGAGACAUGCCCAUCCGGAUCACCUGGCAAAAGGACGGACAGGAGAUCGUGUCUGGCUCUUCGGGCGUCACCAUAGAGACCAAGGAGUUCAUGAGCUCUCUCCAGAUCUCCAAAGUGUCACUCAAACACAACGGGAACUACACCUGCAUCGCCAGUAACGACGCGGCGACCGUCAGCUCUGAAAGACAGCUCAUCGUCACGGUUCCUCCUCGUUUUCGAGUGCAACCCAAUAAUCAGGAUGGGAUCUAUGGAAAAUCGGGAGUGCUAAACUGCUCUGUGGAUGGUUAUCCGCCCCCCAAAGUCAUGUGGAAACACGCCAAAGGUAUUGGGAAUCCUCAGCAGUACCACCCGGUACCGCUGACCGGUCGAAUCCAGAUCAUGGCCAACGGGUCUCUGCUGAUCCGACACGUUCUGGAGGAGGACCGCGGCUACUACCUCUGCCAGGCCAGCAACGGCGUGGGCUCUGACAUCAGCAAGAGCAUGCUCCUGACAGUCAAGAUUCCAGCGAUGAUCACGUCUCACCCUAACACAACCAUGGCCAUUAAAGGCCAGAACAAGGAGCUGAACUGUACGGCUCGGGGAGAGUGGCCGAUCAUCAUUCGCUGGGAACGCGGCGACACCGUCAUCGACCCCGACCGCAACCCUCGUUACUCCAUCACCACCAGCCCCAACGAGAAGAGUGAUGAAGUCGUCUCCACCCUAAAGCUGAAACCCGCUGAAAGAGGAGACUCGGUCUUUUUCUCGUGUCACGCCAUCAACUCGUACGGAGAGGGGAGAGGACUGAUUCAGCUGACUGUUCAAGAGCCCCCAGAUCCUCCUGAGCUGGAGGUUCGAGAGGUGAAGGACCGCAGCAUGAACCUGCGCUGGACUCAGAGAUUCGACGGCAACAGCAUCAUCACCAGCUACGACAUCGAGUAUAAAAACAAGUCAGACCCAUGGGAACUGAAACACGCCACACGCAAAAUUGCCCCGACCAAUAACCAAGCUAAUAUAGUGGAGCUUCAUCCUGCCAGUGUGUACAGUAUUAGAAUGUACUCUUACAACAAGAUCGGCCGAAGCCAAGCCAGCAAAGAACUCACCAUCAGCACUGAGGAAGCCCCUCCGGAUGGGCCGCCUAUGGACGUGAUUUUACAGCCAAUGACGUCUCAGAGCAUCCGUGUCACAUGGAAGGCCCCUAAGAAAGAGUUGCAGAACGGUGUGAUCCGUGGGUAUCAGAUCGGCUACAGAGAGAACGGGCCGGGCAGUAAUGGGCAGUACAGCAUUGUGGAGAUGAAAGCCACAGGAGACAGUGAAGUCUAUACUCUAGACAACCUGAAGAAGUUUGCCCAGUACGGUGUGGUGGUCCAGGCCUUUAACAGGGCUGGAACUGGUCCCUCCAGCUCCGAGAUAAACGCUACCACACUGGAAGAUGUGCCCAGUCAGCCGCCUCAGAACGUGCGGGCGAUCACAGUGACGUCAGACGAGGCGGUGAUCACGUGGUCCGAGCCCCCUCGUUUGACUCUGAACGGCGUUCUGAAAGGCUACCGCGUAGUCUUCUGGUCCCUCUUCCCCGAUGGAGGUGGGUGCUGUUGGGGCCAGACACUGGGGCUUACGCAGAAAUGGGGGGAGAUGCAGAACAUUACCACGACCAGAGAGCAGGUGGAGCUGAAGGGUCUGGAGAAGUUUACUAACUACAGCGUGCAGGUGUUAGCCUACACUCAGGCGGGAGACGGAGUCCGCAGUAAUGUUCUGUACAUACAGACACGAGAGGACCACCCUGGCCCACCAGCUGGGAUCAAAGCUGUGCCCGCCUCUGCCACCAGUGUUGUUGUCUCCUGGCUCCCCCCAACGAAACCAAAUGGAAUCAUCCGCAAAUACACCAUCUACUGCUCCAGCCCUGGGUCAGGCCAACCGGCACCGAGCGAAUACGAAGCCAACCCGGAGGUUCUGACCUACAGAAUCACCCACCUGACCCGCGGCCAGCAGUACUUAAUCUGGGCAGCCGCCGUGACCACGGCUGGACGUGGAAACAUCAGCGAGAAAGUCACAGUGGAGCCUGCCGGGAAAGCUCCUGCUAAGAUCCUCUCGUUUGGCGGUACGGUGACGACGCCCUGGAUGAAGGAAGUGCGUCUGCCGUGCAGUUCCGUCGGUGAACCCACACCCACCAUCAAAUGGACCAAAGACAGCGAGGACUCGGCCAUUCCUGUGACGUUGGACGGACACAGGCUCAUCCUGGCUGACGGCACUUUAGUUUUACGUUCGGUGAAAGCAGAGGAUUCUGGGUACUACACCUGCACGGCCACAAACACUCUGGGCUUUGACACCAUUAUCGUUAACCUGCUGGUGCAAGUGCCCCCAGAUCAGCCACGGUUGACCGUUUCCACCACCUCCACAUCCUCCAUCACCCUGGCAUGGAUCCCUGGAGACAAUGGAGGCAGCUCUAUCAGAGGCUUUGUUCUGCAGUACUCGGUGGAUAACACAGAGGAAUGGAAGGAUGUUUUUAUCAGUUCUAGCGAGCGUUCCUUUAAACUGGACAACCUGCGCUGUGGGACCUGGUAUAAGGUUAAACUGGCGGCUAAGAACAGCGUCGGAGCAGGACGCAUCAGCGAAAUCAUCGAGGCCAAGACCCACGGCAGAGAGCCCCAGUUUAAUAAGGAUCAGCCCUUGUUCACCCACAUUAACUCCACCCACGCCAGGCUGAACCUGCAGGGCUGGAACAGCGGCGGCUGCCCCAUCAGCGCCGUGCUGCUGGACUUCCGACCCAAAGGCACCUGGGCCUGGCAGAACGUCCGAACCAACGCCACCACCGACGUCUUCCUCGCAGAGCUCCGAGAGGCCACCUGGUACGAGCUGAAGAUGAAGGCGUGUAACAGCGCCGGCUGUGGAAACCAGACCUCCCAGUUUGCCACGCUGGACUAUGACGGAAGUACCAUUCCCCCCAUUAAGUCGGCGCGAGGGGAGGGCGACGACGUGAAGAAGCUGUUUUCCAUCGGCUGUCCCGUCAUCCUGGUCACGCUGGGCAUGGCCCUCCUCUUCAUCAUACGCAAGAAACGCAAGGAGAAGAGACUCAAGAGACUGAGAGAUGCCAAGAGUCUGGCAGAGAUGCUCAUCAGCAGUAAGAACAAUCGCAGUUUCGACACCCCUGUGAAGGGUCCACCUCAGGGACCGCGGCUCCACAUCGACAUCCCCCGCGUUCAGCUGCUCAUCGAAGACAAGGAGGGCAUCAAACAGAUUGGUGAAGAUAAGGCCACCAUCCCUGUGACUGACACAGAGUUUAGCCAAUCAGUGAAUCCCCAGAGUUUCUGCACUGGUGUGUCAGUGCAUCACCCCGCCCUCAUUCAGAACACUGGGCCUUUGAUUGACAUGUCAGACAUUAGACCAGGAACCAACCCAGUGUCGAGGAAGAGUGUGAAGUCAGCCCACAGUACGAGGAACAGGUACUCCAGCCAGUGGACUCUGACCAAGUGCCAGGCAUCCACGCCAGCUCGAACGCUCACGUCUGACUGGCGUACGGUGGGCUCCCAGCAUGGCAUCACUGUUACAGAGAGCGACAGUUACAGCGCCAGCCUGUCCCAGGAUACGGAUAAAGGUCGUAACAGCAUGGUAUCCACGGAGAGUGCCUCCUCCACAUACGAGGAGCUGGCCCGGGCCUACGAGCACGCCAAGCUGGAGGAGCACCUGCAGCACGCCAAGUUUGAGAUCACCGAGUGCUUCAUCUCGGACAGCUCCUCCGACCAGAUGACCACGGGCACCAACGACAACGCCGACAGCAUGACGUCCAUGAGCACGCCCUCCGAACCCGGCAUCUGCCGCUUCACCGCCUCGCCCCCCAAACCACAGGACUACGACCGCGGCAAGAACGUGGCCGUGCCCAUACCGCACCGCGCCAACAAGAGUGAGUACUGUAACCUCCCGCUCUACAUGAAGACGGACCCUUUCUUCCGGAAACAGGCGGAACUUCACGACCCUUGCCCCGUGGUCCCUCCACGCGAGGCUUCCAUCCGGAGCCUGGCGGCGCGGGCGUACCACACGCAGGGCCGUCACAUGACGCUGGACCCGUCGAAACAGCAGACGCUGACCCUGGGCCACGGCGGCCUGGGAAGCCUGACCGGCUCCGCGGCUUCGGCCGCCGCCACGGGCGCGUCGGCGGGAGCGUCGGGCUCCGCCUCGGGCACCUCCACUCUCCCCCAGAGAACUCUCACUAUGCCCAGCUCCUCCUCCACCUCCUCCUCGGCCACCCAGAGCGCCGUGGGAGCGGCCACGGCCAGCGCCAGCUCCACCAGCAGCAUGGGUGGAGUGGGCGGCAGCUCCAAGGUGGGCGGAUCCAGAGACUCCCUGCUGGAGAGCAGCUCGUCCGGACUGGGCAGACUGCAGAAGCAGAGCGCUGGUGCAUACUCCAAAUCCUACACGCUUGUCUAG